AUGUCACCGUACAAUGGCUUGCUAUUACACUUCAUGUCCAUGGGCAGGACAUGUAGUCAGUUCACACCGCGGAAAUACACAGCUAUCGCUCCUUAUGUAUUCAUUGUACCACUGCCAUCCCACACGUACAUGUCUCAAUCUCAACUGCUGAUAAGACCCACAGAAACUACUGCACAAUCGGGAACGCAAGAUAAGGGUUUGAGAUCAAUGCGUUUGCGGCUCUACCCAAUAGCCUACUCUAGUCAGUCAGACAACAUGCCAAUCCGGUCACUCUUCGUUAUCUUGAGGAGCUGA